UUGAAGAAGCAGUAACCACUAAACUAAUUUAGAAACUGCAGCUAAGACACUCACUUAUCCUAUUCCACUGGUGUAUUGGUCCCAGGAGAAGUGGGUAUACUCUUAAUUAUUAGGUGUGUAUAUUAAACUUUGUUUUAACAAAAACAGCUGGAUACGCCUUGAGUUUGAUAAAUGUUUCUUUUUUUUUACAUUUUAAAAGAUACAAUGCAGGUUAAAGAUGAGUUUGAAUGUUAAGAGCAAAUACGUUAAACACUGACUUGUUAGAAAUUGAAGGUUUUUACAUUCUCUUUUCAAAUAAAGAACCAAUGGCGUAUUCAAUAAACUUUCCUCCUCUGAAGGCAGGGUCCUGAACGCAGCAUACGCACACGUGACACCCCGGUUUUGGUCACGGGAUCUGUUGCUCUCGUCAGCCCCAAAACAAACCAACAUGGCGGACGUGGAGGAACCGCGGAGGCUGGUGGAGGAAGAGGAUGAAAAUGUACCCGGAGACGGACCGACUCCUGCGGAAACCAGCAAACCGAUGUCCGCCGUCUGUGACCCGAGUCACCUGCUGCAUCGGGUCAUCGUCCUGGUCUUUAUGUGCUUCCUGGGAUUCGGAAGCUACUUCUGCUAUGACAACCCUGCUGCUCUUCAAACCCAGGUCCAGAAGGAUCUGAAGGUGAACACUCAGAGCUUCAUGCAGCUCUAUGCCUGGUACUCCUGGCCCAACGUGGUUCUCUGCUUCUUCGGAGGCUUUAUGAUUGACAGAGUCUUUGGCAUCAGGCUGGGGACCAUAAUCUUCUCCCUCUUUGUCUGUCUGGGGCAGGUCAUUUUUGCCACUGGAGCUCUGGUGGACCAAUUCUGGUUGAUGCAAGCCGGACGUUUUGUAUUUGGUAUUGGAGGAGAGUCGUUGGCCGUGGCCCAGAACACAUACGCUGUCAACUGGUUCAAAGGAAAGGAGCUGAACCUGGUGUUUGGACUUCAGCUGAGCAUGGCCCGACUGGGCAGCACUGUCAACAUGAACAUUAUGGGCUGGGUCUACAGCAAAGUCGCACAGUUGGUGGGUUCUCCUGGUCACACUGCACUGGGCGUGUCACUCAUGCUGGCUGCUCUCACCUGCCUGUUCUCACUCUGCUGUGCUCUGGCGUUGGGUUUCCUGGACAGAAGAGCAGAGAAGAUCCUCCACAAGGAACAGAGAGGAACAGGUGAAGUGAUCAAACUGACUGAUGUGAAAGAUUUCCCCUUCCCUCUGUGGCUCAUCUUCAUUAUCUGUGUGGGCUACUAUGUGGCCAUUUUCCCCUUUAUUGGACUGGGCCAGGUGUUCUUCAUUGAGAAAUUCAACUUUUCUCCAGCUGAGGCCAGAGCUGUCAACAGCAUCGUCUACAUCAUCUCAGCACCUGCCUCUCCAGUCCUGGGCUUCUUGGUUGAUAAGACUGGCAAAAAUGUGGCGUGGGUCAUGGCUGCUGUGGUCACCACACUCGCUGCUCACAUCAUGUUGGCCUUCACCUUCUGGGACCCUUGGAUCGCUAUGUCCCUGCUGGGUGUUUCCUACUCCUUACUGGCCUGUGCCCUGUGGCCCAUGGUGGCCUUCAUGGUCCCUGAGCAUCAGUUAGGGACUGCGUAUGGAUUCAUGCAGUCCAUCCAGAACCUGGGACUGGCUCUCAUCUCCAUGGCAGCAGGAGCCAUCCUGGACACCCAUGGUUACCUGGUGUUGGAGGUGUUCUUCUGUGCCUGCAUCUGCAUUGCCCUCAUGGCUGUGGUGACGCUGUACUUUGUGGAUUAUCUCAGAGGUGGAGGUUUGAACCAAUCAGCAUCAGCCAGAGCCAAACUUCAGAAAGAAGCCACUUCAGAUGCAGAAUGAUGAUGAUGAGGAGGAGGAGGAAGAUGAGAGCAGCACAUGCUGGGCUGAGCAUCAGAGACAGCAGGCUGCACUGUCAGCCCCAAAUGCUGACGAUUGACUGCCAUGGGGCAGGACUGAUCUUCUGACUCCGCCCAGCGCUCUUGUCAUCUUUGGCUCCUCCCACCUGAACUGACUGUCUGACCCCAGUUUUUGCACAAUCCUGUUUUUAAUGGUUGAUCUCCUCUCGGACCUGUUAAUGACUCCUUCCACACUGACCUGACUUGUCAUCAACAUCACCUACCCUGGUGACUUGUUCCAAUGACUCUACAUUGACUCGUCAAACUCUCGGGUGACUUUGGCUAACUGCAGCGAUUCAUUUUAGUGACUUGUCACACCGACCUGUCACAGAGACUCAGUCAGUGGUCACACUAAUUCAUCUUCAUGAAACCUCACACUGACUCGUCACACUGACUUGACGCAUUGACUUGUCUCUCUGACUCGUGAUGUUGACUUGUCAGUGUAACAAGUCUGACCUCAUCUCUACCUCUGACUUUCCAGUUUCCGCUGAAGCUUCCUUAUUGAAGAAAAGAUGCCUAAAUCAUUCUAAAACUCAUAAAAGGACAACCUUAAGUCCUGCAGAACCAAUCCUGUGGAAAUGUGCCUAAAGAAAAGAACCUAAAAGUAUAAGAUGUUUAUGGAAGUCAGAUUUUAUACAUACGAGAGGAUUUUAAUUUCAUUCUGCUUUUACUUUUUUUAUAAACAACUAAAUACUCAGUGUAUAUAUUUUUUAUGGAUUUAUUGUAAAGAAAAUACAACAAAAUUAUUUUAUCAUUCAUUGAUUCAUAUUCAGUUUUAUUGAGAUGGACUUCAGCACUUUACUUUUGAAUCUCUCAGUUCUGUGUUAGUCCUCAGUCCUGCCAUGAAGUUUUCUUUUUUUAUGACGUACUUUUUCAGCUCAGGGUCCUUGUGGUGAGUACUUGACAGUAAUGUUGCUCACAUUCCUGUUCUAAACAUGUGAUAAUUAUUCACAUAAUUAUAUCUCAUCAUUUCACCUUAAAUAAACAGCUGUGAUCAAGUUAUUACCAAAGCAGCACAGAAUGAUCUUGUAAACUUCAUGAAUUAUAAUUGUCAUUCCACAUUUGAAACCUACUGUCAGAACCAUUAUUUUCUUUACUGUUUUCUAUUUUGCACUAUUUUAAUUUAGCAGCUGAUUUUACAGUGGAAUUUCACACUGCAACAAAUAUUUACAAAAAUGUGAGCAGGAGAAAACAAAAAAAAAGUUCAAUUAUUUGUAGUAAACUGAAACAAAAGGUUAUGGGGAAAAAAAAUCUUGAAUCAUUUGAAAACAUCAACUCUUUUUUGUAUGAACUUUAAUGGAACAGUAAUUAACAUCAUUAAAGACAAUCCUGGACUUCA